AGUGCGCCACUGACCACAGACAGCAUCCAGUCAAAGGUUUGGAAUCGUUGUUGAUUCUACGAUCCUGAUAUCAGUUGCUCCCCCGCACGCCACAAUGAAAGUAUUCUUUUGCCUAGCUGCCCUGCUGGUGGCAUCCGUUGCCGCUACAGAGAAGGAAGUCCCAUUGGAGAAGAAGUUGGACAAGCGCGGUCUGCUUGAUCUGGGCUACGGCUACGGCCACUCUGGUCUGGAUGUUGGCCACAUCGGUCACGGCUCUCUGGCCGGUCAUGGUCUGACCAGCUACGCUCACUCCGGCCCCUCUGCCGUCGCUGUCGGACACAGCGGCCCAGCCAUCGCUGUUGGCCACUCCGUCCACACCCACGCCGUGCCCGCUCCCUAUGUGAUCAGCAAGCAAGCUGAUGUGCACAAGACCAUCACCAUCACCAAGGGUAUCCCCGUGCCCGUCCAUGUUGACCGCCCAUACCCCGUUGUGCAUGAGAAGCGCGUGCCCGUUGAGGUUAAGGUGCCCGUCCCACAGCCCUAUGAGGUCAUCAAGAAGGUUGCCGUCCCCGUCAAGGAGUACGUGAAGGUGCCCGUCCCAGUGCCCCAGCCCUACGAAGUUAUCCGUCACGAGAAGGUGCCAAUCCAUGUGCCCGUCGACCGUGCCGUCCCCGUUGAGGUUCCCCGUCCAUACGCCGUCCCAGUUGAGAAGCCAUACCCCGUCUACGUCGAGAAGGUCCAGCGCGUGCCCUACCAGGUUACCGUCGAUCGUCCCUACCCCGUCUACGUCAAGGUCCCCGUUGUCCACCACUCCGUGGUGAAGCACGCUCCCGUCGUCAGCCACGUUGGCCACACCGCUGGACAUCUGUCCGUCGGUGGUGCCUACAGCCAUGAUGCUUCCGUCUACGGCGAUCUUGCCGGUUACCACAAGAAAUGCAGCGUUCUUUUUGCGCAUUAUAUCUUCACAAAAGAGGCCCAACAAAGCCGCAAGGCCUUUGAGCCAACGCUUAUGGCCGCUUAUUGCAAAAUGAAAUCUAUGUUCGUUGUUGGUCUGGUGGCUAUGUGCGUGCUGUUCGUCAGCGCCACUGAGGAGGCUGCCAAGAAGGUUGAGGUUGAGGCUGCUGCCAGCGCAACCGUUGAGAAGAAGCAGGAGAAGCGUGGCAUUGCCCACUCCGGCUACGGCUAUGGCCCAUCUGCUGGUGCCGUCCUGAGCAGCGGUCAUGGUGCUGUCCUGAGCAGCGGUCAUGGCGUUACUUACACCGCCCCCGUCGCUUUCUCCGCCCCAGCUGUCUCCCACUUGCCCACCAACGUGCACACCAACACCGUCGUCAAGACCGUCCAGGUGCCAUACCAGGUUGAGCGUCAUGUGCCCUACCCAGUUGAGAAGACCGUCACCUACCCCGUCAAGGUGCCCGUGCCACAGCCCUACCCCGUCGAGAAGAUCGUCCACUACAACGUUAAGGAGAUCGUGAAAGUACCCGUUGAGGUUCCCCAGCCCUACCCCGUCGAGAAGGUCGUCAAGGUCCCAGUCAAGAUCCCAGUCGAUCGCCCAUACACCGUCCAUGUGCCCAAGCCAUACCCAGUGCCCGUUGAGAAGCCAGUCCCAUACACCGUUGAGAAGCGCGUCAUCCAGAAGGUCCCCGUCCAUGUUGACCGUCCAGUCCCCUAUGAGGUUAAGGUGGCCACACCCGUGCAUGUGCAGACCCACAUCCGCCCAGCCGUCACCGUCUCCCACUCCCAGACCGUUGUUUCUGGCCCAUCUUACGUGAGCCACGGUGUUGCCGGUGUUGCCGGUGUUUCCGGUGUCACCGGUUUCGCCGGACACGGCGUCUCUGGAUCCGGUAUCGCUUAUGGUCAUGGACUCUCCGGCUCCGGCAUCGCAUACGGUCAUGGUCUGUCCGGUCAUGGCAUCUCUGCUCAUGGUCUGUCCGGUCAUGGCAUCUCUGCCCAUGGCAUCUCUGGACACGGUAUCACCACCUAUGGCGUCUCCGGACACGAAUACGCCCACAAGAAGUAGAUCAAUUUAUUGCUGACGAGGGCCAGCCGAGUUGAAAACGGGUGAAGACGAGCACAUCAACAUCAUGUCAGAACUUUUAAAAUUCCCCAAAACAAAAACACCAAACUGGACCCGCCCCUCAAUGUACGACUUACAAUAUAGUUUUAGUUUGUGAUACCAACCGAAAUUCUUGAAGGCAGCAAUACUCGCAUAACGGAUUAAAAAGAAACAUACAAUAAUGCAACAUUUCGAAAACUACUUUCUUUAGCGAAAACUUGCCAAUUUCAGUCGCAUUUCAAUUGUACCGUUAUGUUAGUGUUGUGUGUCAGCCGCCUUCUAAUGUACAGUUCUUUCUGGACAGAGAAAAACAAAACCACACAAAAAUAAGUUGCUCCUUCGACUUUUUUUCAAGUAAAUUUCUAUUCUAUGAAAUGUUUGUACAUAUUUAAUAAUGUAAAUAAAAAC